AAAGAAGAAAGGAUCGAAAGAGAAAAUUAAGUAAAACAAGUGUCCCCACUUCACUUCACAGCAGUUGUCGCCGGCGCCACUUCCGCCGCCUUAAGUCCUCGACGAUCACGACCCAUCAACCCCACCGCCAACCUCUGAUCCCUCUUCAUCUUUCAGGGAUAUGAUGACAGGUGGUCGAGUUAAACUGAAGGGAUGGCAGCAGGCUGCUGUGGCAGUUGGAUCAGCUGUUGGAGCGUUGUUGGAUCCGCGAAGAGCUGAUUUGAUAGCUGCUCUCGGGGAGACGACUGGAAAGCCUGCAUUUGAAAGGGUUCUUGAGAGAAUGAAGAGGAGCCCAGAAGGCAGGGCUGUACUACUGGAGCGCCCUCGUGUCAUCUCUGCUAACGUAGGGCAUGCAUGGGACCUUCCACCAAACACAUUUGGUGCUGCAUAUGCUAAGUUUAUGGGAUCCAGAAAUUUCUCUCCUGAUGACAGGCCACCUGUCAGGUUCAUGGAAACAGAAGAGAUAGCGUAUGUUGCAGCACGCGCUCGUGAAGUGCAUGACUUCUGGCACACCCUGUUUGACCUACCUACCAAUUUGAUUGGCGAAUCAGCGCUGAAGGUCAUAGAAUUUGAACAGAUGCUUCUCCCCAUGUGUGCCCUAUCUGUUGCAGGGGGUACUGCUCGAUUCAGCCCAAGUCAGAGGAGUUUGUUCUACCAGCAUUACUUCCCUUGGGCUCUCCGGGCAGGCGUGAAAUGCACUGAUCUGAUGUGUUUGUAUUAUGAGCGCCAUUUUGAUGAGGACUUGGAAGAUGUUCGUAGGAGAUGGGGAAUCAUUCCCGCUCCUCCACCCCCACCACGUGCAGCCUGAAAUCAACAUGUGCUGCAUCUUACCACCAGAGUUCUUCCCAUUUAAAAUAAGGCAAAGAGCUUUUCUUUUUUAACAAAAUUUAGUAUCCUUUCUGAUUUUGUAAUCGUAAUUUUAUGUGUUGAUAGCUUCUUUUGUGAUA